AUGGGAAUUCACACUGGAGAGAAACUUUAUGAAUGCUUUGAGUUUGCAAAAGCCUUCAGUCAGAAGAUAGCCCUCACAGCACACCCGAGAACUCAUUCAGGAGAAAAACCCUAUGAAUGCAGUGGAUGUGGGAAAGCCUUUAUCCAGAAGGCAACUUUUAUUAAACAUGAGCAAACUCACAUGGGAAAGAGACCAUUUGUAUAUGGUGAAUGUGCAGAAGCCUUUAAGAGUUCUUAUCAUCUUAUUAGACAUGAAAGAACACAUAUUAGACAAGCUGCUAAGUCAAGCAUUAUACAUCAAAUGUCUCACACAGAUGAGAAACCUAAGUGCAGUAAGUAUAGGAAAACCUUUGAUGAGAAGCUCAUCACCAUUAAACAUCAGAAAACUAACAGAAAAGAGAAACCUUGUGAGUGCAGUAGAUGUGGGAAAAACUUCAAGAGAAAGUCACACCUCUCUGUUCAUCAGAAAAUUCACACAAAAGAAAAACCCUAUCAAUGCAGCACAUAUAGGAAGACUGUUAGUGCAAAAUCACAUCUGUUUGGCCAUCAUUGAAAUCAUACAGGAGGGAAACCCUACAAAUGAAGAAGAUGUGGGAAAGCUUUCAGUGAGAGGCAACCUAUUGUCUAUUAGAGAAUUCAUACAGGAGAGAAACCCUAUAAAUGCAAUGAAUGUGGGAAAUUCUGUGAGAAGUCACCACUGAUUAAACAACAGAGAAUUCAUAUAGGAGAGAGACUCUAUGAAUGCAGUGACUUUGGGAAAGACAUCAGUAGGAAGUCGACUGUCAUUAGAUGUCAGGAGAUUUAUACAGGAGGAAAACCCUACAAAUGUAGGGAAUGUGAGAAAGCCUUCCAUGUGAAAUCAAUUCUCCUUGCCUAUCACAGAACUCACAUGGGUGAGAAACCUUUUGAAUACAGAGACUGUGGGAAAGCCUUCAGUAGGAAGUCAACCCUGAAUAAACAUCAGGUAAGUCACACAGGAGAGAGAAUGUACAAAUAUUCUUGA